AUGUCGGCCUCCCAGCUCAACGUCGAUACCUCGUCCUCCCGCGGCAACCUCUUGACAGCCAAAAAUGCUGGCGCCGACAUGUCCAUGAUGGCCUUUGUCCAGCCCGGCUGCCCGGCUAGGUUCGCCUACCAGAAUGAGCAUCGUGUCAAAGGGCUCAACGCAGAAACCCUAGCGAGGGUCUUCCUUCCCACGCCCUCAUGGCUGUCGACUCCGGAGUAUGCAGCAAUCCGGUCAGAUACUGGCAAUCCAUCGACCUGCAUCUUCUUCAGCCUUAAUAUUUCCAUAUACAACCAACAGAUAAUCUCCUCGGAAUGGACCGAGCAAUGGUUCUUCAUGGUCGGCCGUGUUCAUCCCUUUGCCCUGACGUGGAAAUCGAGCGACGUGAUGGCUUGA